CUCGACGAGGAACAAGGAUUUUAGUGCAUAGCUUGUGCAUAAUGCAAUUUACACUUCCAAGCAGGAUGCGAUACUCACUACUUUGCGUUCUUGUACUUUCGUGCAAUGCAGCAUUCUCCGCAAUCGAUGUAAGGAGACAUCCUAACUGGUCGUUACUGGAGCAUAAUAAUUGCGGCAAUUCUAACAGCGAUCGCAUUAUUGGUGGUAAAAAUGCGAGCCUCGGCGCGUAUCCUUGGAUCGCGAGAAUAGGGUACAGCAUGCCGAAUACUAAUGACGCAUUAAGCUACAGAUGCGGCGGUACAUUAAUUAGUCGACGAUACAUAGUCACGGCUGCCCAUUGCGUAGUGAAUUUACCUGAAAAUUUCAAGGUCGGUGGAGUUCGUUUGGGCGAGCACAACAUCUUCACUGAUCCCGAUUGUGAGCAGGGAUAUUGUGCGGAGCCAGUGCAAGAUUUCCUGCCCGAAUCGGUAAUUGUCCACGAGAGUUACAACAAGCCGGAAUUCAAAAAUGACAUAGCCAUAAUACGAAUGAACAAGCCGGCAGUUUAUAACGAACACGUGAAGCCGAUUUGCAUGAUGAACGGUGAACUCCUUAGAAAGAACUUCGUCGGCAAAACAGCGGAAGUCGCCGGUUGGGGAAUUUUUGAUAUCAAUGAUCCAAAGCCUAGCACGAUCCUACAGACUGUCAAGCUGCCGAUCGUCGAGAUGGACAGAUGUUUGAUAGCUUUCAAGAGAUACGCAGAAAUAUCGGAGGACCAGCAGAUGUGCGUGGGUGGCGUUCCAGGUCACGAUUCCUGCGGUGGUGACAGUGGUGGACCCUUGAUGCAAGUGAACAGCCUGAAUGGGCCUCCUAAAUACUACUUCAUCGGCAUCGUUUCCUUCGGCGCAAAAUCCUGUGGCGCUUCCAGAGCACCUGCUAUUUACAGCAGAAUUGCGGCAUACAUUAUGUGGAUCUUGAACAACAUGCAUCCAUAAAACCCGGGAGAUCAGUGUACGGUCGACAACCAAGCGGGAACAUGCAUGAACGCACGUGAAUGUUCAUUUGUGUCCAACAUUCUGCAGCAAUCGCGGGAGCAGGCCAUCACCUACCUGAGACGUAAUCAUUGCGGUUUUCAAGGCUCGAAUCCUUUAGUGUGUUGUGUCAACAGCGCGAGUAUUAGCACCCGUCCAAGCGGCGUCGUGACGAACCCUGGGACUACAUCGGGCUCGAACUCGGAAUCAUCUUCCUCCUCGCCUAUUGAAAAUUUCCAGAUAGACCUGGCAAAUAAUCCAUUGCUGCCGAACGACUGCGGCCGCGACCUGUCACAGAGGAUCGUUGGUGGCGAACGUACCGAGCUCGAUGAGUUUCCUUGGAUGGCGCUGUUGGAAUAUCAAAAACCUAAUGGUAGAUCCACAGCAUGCGGCGGUGUCUUAAUAAGUAAACGUUACAUCCUUACUGCCGCUCAUUGCGUCAAAGGCAAGGACCUACCAGCCAACUGGCGCCUGUCCAGCGUCCGCCUAGGCGAAUACAACACCGACACCGACAGGGAUUGCGUGCCGGAUGGUGAAAAUAGUGAGCCGGUGUGUGCCGAUGAUCCAAUAACCAUAGGUGUGGAAGAACAAAUCGCUCAUGAAAAUUACCGGCCCCUUUCGCGGGAUCAACGUUAUGAUAUUGCAUUACUACGUCUCAGCCGUGAAGUGCCAUUCACAAGGUACGUUAAGCCCAUCUGCCUGCCGUCCAAUUCAUCGCUCGGCGGCAAACUCUUCGUAGCCGGUUGGGGCAAGACGGAAACCACCUCGGCUUCGAAUAUUAAACUGAAGUUGGCCUUGCCCUUAACGGAGAAGAGCCUGUGCGAUCAAACCUACGUCAGCGCCGGAGUCCAGUUGGGCUAUGGACAGAUCUGUGCAGGUGGUCAAAGAGGCAAAGACUCGUGUCGGGGUGAUUCCGGUGGUCCCCUGAUGGCCGUCGAGAGGAUCGCCGAUGGUACCGGCAAGUGGACUGCAGUGGGUGUCGUAUCCUUUGGACCAUCGCCCUGCGGCAUGCAGGGAUGGCCUGGCGUGUACACGAAAGUGUCGGACUUCGUUCCCUGGAUUCUUAACAACUUGAGGCGAUAAACAGAGACACUAUAUCAUUUACGAAAAAAGAUAUCUUUUGAUUAUUGCUUGGUAAUGAUUUUUUUUUAAAUUUGUGAAGUUAAAAUAUGAUGUAGAGGAAGGUCACCGAUACUGACGUAGGUCAGCUCCUAAAGCGCGACAUCCCCUUAUUUCUUAGAAACUAACCUUUGCACCAUUUUACCAAA